GCAGAAAAUUUCAGUGAUGAAAAUUUAUGGUCUACCUGUCUGGCCAAAUGGCCCAUCGGCGGACAGUGAAUUCCUAAAACGGAUGCUCGCUUUGUGUUGUGUUAAAACUUUAAAGUUACAAAUAAGGAAAACUGGAUCCGGCUUCUCCUGCAAAUCUGGACUUAAAGCAUAGGGUAGUGAUAUCCUUUGCUUUGGCGGCAAAACUUUUAGCUCAUUCCGUAUAUCGCUGGGGGUGUAUUGCGACACUGCCCACUGUCCAUGGAACCAACAUGGCUAAGGAAAUUUCUCAGACAGAACAGCCACUCCAGUGGAGGGGCCCUGUGAUUUAGAGUUUACUGCCGUUCACAGUGCGAACCAGUGCAACAACAGCUCCAAUUCUGGUCCACCUCAUCGCGAUGCCAAGCCUUCGCUUUGCACAAGUCAUCCGUGGCUCGUUGCUGAAUCGGAGGAUUUCUUGUACGACGAUGCCAAUGGAAAAUGGCUGAUGUUCUUUUCUAAAACGGUCAUCGAUGAAAAGUGGCAGAUGGUCAAGGACGCGUACUUUGGAGGACAAUUCCCUGGGAUUGCACGCGUACGAGUGAGCACCGCCAUGCCUCGAGGAGCAGGAUAUCAAGACGCGAAGGACGAUCACGCUUUUGCUUUCCACUGCGGACCAGCACAUGAUGAAACAGCUGUUCUCGGCAUUGGGCAAAAAUUGAUCGCAGCCUUCCCACCAGACUCGCGUAUGAUUUAUUAUAAAUCGGAUGAGCAAUCUGAACAGCAGCGCUCUUUUACGGAGAAAUCUGGAGGCGAAUCCAGUGGAGACAAGUUCCAGCACACGCGAUCUCUUUACAACCUUUCUGUGGAUUCAGUUGACGGUCCAGUGACAAGAAGCGCGGAAAGGAAAUCUCAGCAUCAAAAUGGAUUUAAUGGAGAAAGUCAUAAAAAGACAUCCAUCAAAGAAACACACAAAGUGAAAGAAUCGUCUCCUGAAGCAAAUGGAAAUGUCCGAAAGAACGGUGUCGUAAUGGUGCUGGAUACGGAAACGACCGGAUUCCCUCCAAAUUCUCCACCCUCGGACUUUCUUCCAUGGAACAGAUGCCGUAUGGUCGAAAUUGCAUGGCAUCUUUACACAAAUAAAGGAAAGUUUGUGGGCAAGCAACAACACAUCGUGAAACUUGACACCAGCGUUUACAUGCCUGCAGAAGCAAUUCGUGUUCACGGCAUUACUCGGGAAAUGUCUGAACAAAUGGGAAAGCCCAUUGGCGAUAUUCUGCAAUAUUUGGAAAAUGAUUUGGAUAAUGUUUCCGUAGUUGUCGGCCAUAACAUUCAAUUUGAUAUGAAAGUUAUCCUUGCUGAAAUGUUCCGAGCAAACAGAACGGACUUGUUCCAGGUCUUUUCCGAAAUUCCCACAGCGUGUACAAUGGAGAUGGCUAGGAGUAUCACGCCUGGCGGACGAAAGUCCAAAUUGGCCGUCGUUUAUGAACAGUGUUUUGGCAAAGCUCCGAGUGGAGUGCUGCACCGCGCGGAUGCGGAUGUGGAGAUUUGCGCUUGCGUGUACUUCAUGCUUCAGGAUGGUAUCAGGAUCCUACGGGAAGAUUCAGGAGAUGGGGUUAACGGUGACUUUAAACUUCCGGCAGUGUCAGGCGAUGGCAGCGCUAUUCCUUUGACCAUGGGGAAAAAUCUGGAAAGGAAAACCGUAUUUUAUUGGAAAAUCGGACUUGCAGCUGCAGUGGUUGGGUUUGUGGCAGUCGCGUAUGUGCUGUUUUGUUAAGCAAACAAUCCUUUUGUUAUCUCAGAUGAUCUUGUUCUUCCUGUUAUCGGUGUAAUUUAACAGUGCGCUGUGGAAAUCGGUUUUGUCUAUAAUUUAUGGUUUUUGCCUCGUUUUUUCGGAUAACCGAAAUUGCUCAAGCUUCCUGGCUGCGAACCUUUCCUACUGAACGAUUGUAUGGGUAAAUUAUUAGUGUGGCUCAAGUGGCAGUUAAUUAUAGUAUUGGUAUUCAUUAAUUUGUUGACAAAAAUGCCGUUGUUGUGUGUAAUUUGCGUUAAUUUUUCAGAUGAUGUUCUUGACUUAAUUUUGUUGAUACUGUUUCAGUAUGUCAAAUUGGCAGCAGCUUUUAGACUAUAAUUAUUAGAAGCUUCGUGAAAGUAUAUAAAUCGGAUAAA